AUGUCAAUAGUAUUACCAUCAGGAAGUGCUGACUCGUUUAAAGCACACGGAAAAUAUUCUGCCCCAAAUCGUCGUCCAAUUGAACCUGUUGGUCGUUACUUUUUAGCACAUGCGUCUAGAACUUUGAGAGGACAUACAUGGUCAGAGUUUGAAAAAUUAGAAGCUGAAAAAAAUGUUAAACAAAUAGAGACAAACGAAGAUGAAGAUUUAGGAGAUGAAGAACAAAGUGAAGAAUUAUUAGAACAUGACCCAAGAGAAUGGAAAACGGCAGAUUUGUAUGCAGUUUUAGGGUUAUCACAUUUAAGAUAUAAAGCAAAUGAAGAUCAAAUUAGAAGAGCUCAUAGAAAACAAGUAUUAAAACAUCAUCCUGACAAAAAAUCUGCAAGUGGUGGAUUAGAGCAUGAUUCAUUUUUCAAAAUUAUUCAAAAAGCAUUUGAAGUUAUGUUGGACCCAACUAAAAGGAAACAAUAUGAUUCAGUUGAUACUGCAAAAGAUCCACAACCACCUUCAUCAAAAUCAAAAUAUGACUUUUUCGAAGUUUGGGGCCCUAUCUUUGAAAGUGAAGGUAGAUUUUCAUCUAAACAACCAGUACCUCAAUUAGGUUCACAAGAUGCUUCAAAAGAGGAAGUUGAUAAAUUUUAUAAUUUUUGGAAUAAAUUUGAUUCUUGGAAAACAUUUGAAUUUAAAGAUGAAGACGUACCUGAUGAUACAGCAAAUAGAGAUCAUAAACGUUAUAUUGAACGUAAAAAUGUAGCUGCAAGAAAAAAAUUUAAACAAGAAGACAAUAAAAGACUCAUUGAGCUUGUUGAAAGAGCUUAUAGUGAAGAUCCAAGAAUCAAAAAGUUUAAAGAAGAAGCUAAAAAGGCAAAAGCAGCUAAGAAAUGGGAUAAAGAAGCAGAUUCGAGAAAAGCUGCUGAAGAAGCUGCUGCCAAAAAAGCUGCCGAGGAAGCUGCUGCUAAAAAGGCAGCAGAAGAGGCCGCAUCAGCUAAAGCUGAUUCCAAAAAGGCUAAGGAAGCAGCAAAAGCAGCUAAAAAGAAAAAUAAAAGAAAUAUUAGAGCUGCUGCCAAAGAUAAUGAUUAUUUCGGAGAUUCAGCUAAAAGUGCUGACAUUGAUGCUGAUCUCGAAUUGAUUAUUGAAAAAUUUGAUGAUGUAAAAUUAGGAGAAGUUGCAAAUAAAUUGAAAGGAGCUGAUGCAACAACCGCAAAAGCUACUAUUGAUGAAGCAGCCAAAGAAUUAAUAGCUGUUGGUGCAUUACAAGCCAAUUAUUUGAAAUAUUUUAAUUAG